UCAAAUGUUGCCAUUUGGCGUUUAGUUUGCAUCAGCAACACGCGUGCGGCGAAGGAAUAUGAAAAACUAGUUGAAAGUGAAAAGUAUUUUUCGAGCAUAGCUGUUUUCUCCGACCUUUCCUCGGUUGAGUGAUAUGGUAAUUGUCUGGCGGCGUGCGUAGAAAGUAGAUGCGUUAGAUUCGGUCGUAUAAACAUCACCACAACAGUGCUCAAAAAUGUAUCACCUGAAACCGGUGAUGGACCAGAACGUCGUCUGUGAGGUUCCUUCCUGCAUGUACACCCUGAAGCCUGUCUGUACGUUUUCGUUCGACCCGAAAGCGUUCACCGAUAGCAAGACUGGAAUUGCCGGCGUUACCGUCGAUCCGAUGUCGAUCGAAAUUGAUAAUUUACUGCAAAAGGCAGAAAACGACGAGCUAAGAAUGUUGGCAGAAAGACAGCAACGUGUCCUGCAGCAGCUGGCGGAACUAAAGAAUGAAAUUCUGUCGUUGCGCACUGAACUGAAACUAAAUGCUAAAGGACCUGUUCAACCGUCCACUAGUUCGCUGAAGUCUAACGAUAAUUUGAAGGCAGAACCCAUCAAUGUGACCUAUCUGCAAGAUUUUGUGGUGAAUGCUAGCCCCGAAUACGUUCCUUACAGUUUGCUGGCGCUAAAGAAUUUGUGGAAGGAUAGGCUUAAUUUGCAUGUGGAAUGUUUCACCCAUUCUACCGUACCAAAGUUGAGCGACGAAGCACUAAAUUUCCAAAAUUCUAUAACGAACAACGCAUCGACUGGAUCGAACCUUCCCCAGAUCAAAGUGACGUUAAUUUGGAAGAACGUUGGAGCGUACACCGAAAUGAUUACAUCUCCGACGUCGUAUGUUCCGAUUUGUGGUGAGGUGAACAUCCUUCGCUAUCUGUCGCGCUGUGGUCCGAGCGAGUUCAACUAUGAACAGCAGGACAACGUGGUUGAGGUUGAUUCCAUCCUGGAUGCGUGCUAUCUGCUCCUCAACAAGCAAAACAUUAAACAGCGCCAACAGAUCUUACGAACGCUUGGAUCGAAAUUGGGCAAAGCUUCCGGAUUCGGCGGUGCUGACUUGUCCCUGUGCGACAUUGCGUUUACCAGCGCGGUAAAGCAGGUGCAGCGUACGAUCGCGAAAGAUAUCAAUCCGAAUAUGGCUAAGUGCAUGGGUCGUGUGGCAACUACGGUGGGCCUGUAAAAUUGAUGCGUGCCGUUUGACAACAUCCACCUGCUUUCGCUGUACAAAUACCGUCUGGAAUUGUGUUCGUGAGUGUUGAUCUCCUUUAAAUCGAUAUUUAUUCUCUUUGCAUUUGCAUUACGAUUUUCCGUGCUACUGUAGCACAAUGCCACAGGAAAGUAGACAACCGGGUAGAAGGGGUAAAACACAUUAGCGAUGGCGUGGUAUGCCUAAAAGAAAACAGUCCGAUAACAGCAGAUAAUAAAGUAAUCAGUUUUAUUUGCUAAUGAUCGUUACAAAUA